AUGAGUGAUCCUCUCUCGAUCGCAGCUGGCAUCGCCGGAUUCCUCUCUCUGGGUAUACAAGUGACGCAAAAUUUGGUGGACUUUUAUUCAACGUAUAAAGGCCAAGACGCUGAUAUUGCGAAAAUCACUACAAACAUGGAAAAUCUUCAAGGUUCUUUUCGAUCACUGGAGAUUGCAAUCCAGCAACGCCAGUCCCAGCCUCAAGCAGAAGAGCUACUUCAGGACGUCGACAAGGCUACACAGAGAUGCUUUGAAGUCGUUAAAGAGCUUGAGGCUGAGUGCCAGAGAUUCCGGACCGAUUCAACAACCUGUCUGAAAGGUCGUCUCCAGGUUGUCGGACGUCGAGUCACUUAUCCCUUCCGAAAAAGCACACUACAAAAGAUCGAAGAAGAUGUUGGCGAGAUUCGCGAAAGCUUAUUAUUUGCACUCAACGUCCUCCAUUUCAAAAGCCACAAUCUGGUUGAGGAUGAGAUCUCGGCAGUCCGAUCUCUUCUCGAACGGACAAAUUCGAGCCAAAUUUCUUUCAUCAUUCGUGCAUGGCUUCAAGCACCCGAUGCAUUCAUAAAUCAUAACGCUGCCUAUGCAAAACACCAUCCAAAAACUGGACUUUGGUUUACAGACGGUUAUUCUUUUACGAAUUGGCUAGUAGAACGAAAUUCGUUUCUCUGGCUCAAUGGAUUUGCAGGAUGUGGCAAGUCGGUCCUCUGUUCAGCUAUAAUACAGUGUACACUUCAUGAGAGCGAGAAAAGUGAUGUAGGAAUCGCAUUCUACUACUUCGCUUUUAGUGAUGAUUCAAAACAAGAUGCUCACGGGAUGUUACGUGCAUUGUUGUUACAACUAUCGGUGCAGUUCCCAGAUGGAGAAAAGGAACUAGAACAACUCUGCAAAUUAUCCAAGUCAUCCACUCCUUCCACGAAAGCACUACUUGAGACUCUUAGAAAUUUUUUUGAAAGAUUCCAAGAUAGCUACAUCGUACUCGAUGCGCUAGACGAGUGCCCCCAAGACACGACCAGAGAUGAUGUGUUGAGAGUAAUUCAAGAGAUACGGGACUGGCGCCUGCCUGGUGUCCAUCUCUUAGUGACCAGUCGGGACCAACUUGACAUUCGGCGAUCACUGAAUCCUAACCAGAACUGUGAUAUACCAAUAAAGUCUCCAGGGAUUGAGAAGGAUAUCUCCGACUUCAUCUCAUAUCAGCUCGCAACUGACACUAAACUCCAGAGGUGGAAAGUGCGACAUACUGAGAUUCAAAAGAGGUUAACACAAGAUGCGCAAGGCGUUUUUCGAUAUGUGGAAUGUCAGCUUAACUCUUUCCGACGGGCGAAAAAUCGAAACCAACUUGACGAAUCUCUUCGCACAUUGCCUCGCGACCUAGAUGAAACCUACGAACGCAUGCUUUGUGGCAUUGAUGAAGCAUAUGUGGAGGAUGUCCGGCGUGUGUUGACAGUGCUCAGCCUUGCUAUCCGACCCCUGACUGUUGAUGAGUUAAUCGACGCUCAUGAGGUGGAACUCGGUGAAUCACCGAGCCUCGAUCGUGAGGGUCGAUCCUAUGAGGAAAAUGAUCUCGUUGAGAUUUGCCUUGGACUUAUAGAGAUUGUGACCACUGAUGAUCCAAUUGAAAGAGAGAUUAUCAUCACCGAUAAAACAGAUGAGGAAACGGUCUCAACUACUCGCAUCGUUCGUAUCGCUCACUUCUCCGUCCAAGAGUAUUUGCAAUCGGAUCGUAUUCGUCAGCAGAAAGCGGCAACAUUUGCCAUUAAAAGAAAAUCUGCUAACGCAGAAUUAACACAAAUCUGCCUUGCUUAUCUAUUGGACCCAACGCUAUCAGAGGGCGUGGUAGAUGAGGUGAAGCUUCGAGACUUUCCAUUUGCAGGCUUUGCGGCUAUGUAUUGGCAUCGACAUUACCAAAAUUCCGAGGAAGCCAAGAUCAAUUCUACAAAGCUGAUGCUCGAUAUCUUCCAGAACGAGACAAAUUCUUUUGUAACCUGGGUUCGGUUAUAUGCGGUUGACCGUCCAUGGGAGGAAAUUCCUACUUCUCAAAGCGUUGAGGACAUAGCAUCGCCUCUGUAUUACGCAUCUUUUCUAGGCCUGGAGGUUGUUCUCAACACUAUCUUAGCGACUGAUUAUAAGUCUUCAGAUUUAUGCGGCCUAGUCAAUGCUCAGGGUGGAUACUUUGGCAAUGCACUUCAAGCUGCAUCCUGGAAAGGUCAUGAAGAGGUGGUCUUAAUGCUGCUAGAUCACGGUGCUGACAUGAAUGCUCAGGGUGGACGCUUUGGUAAUGCACUUCAAGCUACAUCCUCUCAAGGCCAUAAAAAUGUGGUCUCAAUGUUACUCGAUCAUGGUGCCGGCGUGAACGCUCAGGGUGGACACUUUGGCAAUGCACUUCAAGCUGCAUCCUGUGGAGUCCAUAAAGAUGUGGUCUCAAUACUGCUAGAUCACGGUGCCGACGUGAACACUCAGGGUGGAGCAUAUGGCAAUGCACUUCAAGCUGCAUCCUAUAGAGGCAAUAGAGAGGUGGUCUCAAUACUGCUAGAUCACGGUGCCGACGUGAACACUCAGGGUGGAGCAUAUGGCAAUGCACUUCAAGCUGCAUCCUUUAUGGGCUAUAAAGAGGUGGUCUCAAUACUGCUAGAUCACGGUGCCGAUGUGAACGCUCAGGGUGGAAGAUAUGGCAAUACACUUCAAGCUGCAUCCUAUAGAGGCCAUAGAGAGGUGGUCUCAAUACUGCUAGAUCACGGUGCCGACGUGAACACUCAGGGUGGAGCACAUGGCAAUGUACUUCAAGCUGCAUCCUAUGGAGGCCAUAAAGAGGUGGUCCAAAUGCUGCUAGAUCACGGUGCUGACGUGAACGCUCAGGGUGGAAGAUAUGGCAAUGCACUUCAUGCUGCAUCUGAUAGAGGCUUUAAAGAGGCUGUCCAAAUGCUGCUAGAUCAUGGUGCCAUCAAUGCUCAAGAUGGAGAAGAUGUCAAUUUUGAUACAAACUCAAGUUAG